CCUCCCCAGGGUGCCAAGCUUUCAGCCUGUCUCUGCUCUCCUCAUGACUACACUCCUAGAGAAGUUGCUGUUUCAGGAAUAGUCUUGCCUGCCUCCCACCUGACUGCACUGUUUUUUGAGUCACAGGCUCCCUCACUCAUGGGGCCUUCCUGGGCCCAGGCCCACAAGACAGGCGAUCUCUGGCUGCCUCUGCUCUGGCUGUUCCUGUCCCUGGUCUGCUGCUCCCAUGCCCGACCAGGAUGGCGCUUCACUUCCUCUGAAGUUGUGAUCCCCAGGAAGGUCUCCCAUAGGGUAAGUGGAGCUGAGAUACAAGGCCAGCUUUCCUACAAGAUUCACUUCAGGGGCCAAAGACAUGUGGUUCACCUGAAAGUCAAGAAGAGCUUGCCGCCCAGACAUUUUCCUGUUAUCACCGAUGACGACCAAGGUGCCAUGCAGGAGGACUACCCUUAUGUCCCCCGGGACUGUUACUACUACAGCUACCUGGAAGGGGUUCCUGGGUCUAUGGGCACCCUGGACACCUGCUAUGGGGGUCUGCAUGGCAUGCUGCAGGUGGAUGACUUCACUUAUGAGAUCAAACCACUGGAGUCUUCUUCCAAAUUUGAGCAUGUGAUUUCUCUGCUUGUGUCAGAAGAAAGGUCAGAGGUGGAAAGGUGUGCGAUUGAGGAGGAAGAUAAAGAUCACGCAUAUGAAGAGGCAACACUUGCUGAAACUCCUAGAGCAGCCCCUGUGUAUUUGUGGUGGCCACAUAGGAAAUACUUAAAACUUCACUACACGGUUACUAACUCACUAUAUGUUCUAGAUACAAACCAGACACGUAUAGUAGAGAAUGUAGUGCUUAUAAACAACAUAUUGGAUACCAUUUUCAACCAAGCUCAUUACCGUGUUCACGUACGUGCUAUAUGCAUAUGGAAUGAUUCAGAUAGGGUGAACUUAUAUAAUUUGGCAACUGCUUGGUUAGCUUUAAAUCGUUUUGGGCUGUGGAAAUGGCAUGGAUGGUAUCCCUCACUUCCUCAUGAUAGUUCAUUGAUUCUUACAGCACGGAAAAUCAAUUACCUCUCACAUUAUGCUUUCCAAGAUGGAAUAUGCAACCCCAAUUGGGGAGUAGCAUACGCAUUUGUAGGAAAUUAUCACAUAUUUUUAGCUUCAUCUAUUGCAGCGCAUUCACUAUGUCAUGUCUGCUGAGCCUGGUCUUCUAGAUAUGAUGAGCAAUUGUACAUAUGGCAGAAUGCAUGAUCGGGCUUCUAUGUGGGAUCCUUGUGGGAGUAUUCGAAAUGACCCAUACACAAAUUUUCCAUA